AUGAUGCUGAAUGAAUUUACAUCAUUCUUUGAUAAUCUCGAAGUUAUUCAUAAAAUCAAACAUAUUUGGUCAAAGUUUUAACUCAGUACAUAUGAAAAUGAUUCAAUUAUUUUCGAAUCUGUGUGUCAUAAAAUUAGCAGAAAAACUUAAAAGUUAAAACCAAUUAUAAUUCAAUUGGGUCAAGAACAUUUGUAUUUCUUUAAAAAUAAGAAUCCUCAUGGCAUGCUAUUAUUGACUGUAGUAGUGAUGACUAUAUAAAGAAAUGAACAUGGAGUGAUGAUCAGAUUGUUAAGAAAUGGAUAAUUUAUUGAUAUUAUUACAACAGAUGCGAUGUUGUUGAAAUAAUUAUUAGCAUUUAAAUGCCUAUAAACAACAUUUCACGAUGAAUUUGGAGUAACAAAAAUGAUAGGAAAAGGAAGUUUUGCAAAAGUUUACUUAGCAACUAAGAAAUAGACUGGGGCCUAGUAUGCUAUAAAGGCAUUUAACAAGGAAUUUAUGUUAGAACAAUUCAAAGGGAAAGAAAGUUUGGAGAAUGAGAUACGUGUGAUGAGAAGGUUGAAUUAAGAAAAUCUUGUGCAUUUGCAUGAAGCUUAUGAGACAUAGAAUUCAAUAUACUUUGUAAUUGAUCUGUUAUAAGGAGGAGAACUGCUUGCAAGAGCAAAAACUAAUCCAUUUUCAUUAGAUACUCUUUAGAAAUUGAUGUACAAUUUUAUAAAAGCUUUGGUACAUAUUCAUAGUAAGAAAUGCAUACACAGAGAUUUGAAGCCUGAAAAUUUAUUACUUAAAUCUAAGGAUUCUAAUGUGGAUGUGGUCAUAGCAGAUUUUGGACUUGCAGCAUUUUUAGGAGAGGAGAUCCUUUUUAAAAGAUGCGGUACUCCUGGGUUUGUUGCUCCUGAAAUACUGAUGUAUAAAGAGGAGGAUCCCUUUUAUGAUGAGAAAUGUGAUAUAUUUAGUGCUGGUGUUAUAUUUUAUAUUUUGUUGACUGGCAAACAACCAUUUUAAGGAACUGACUAUAAGGCAAUUUUAAGAGCAAAUAAAAAUUGUGAAAUUAAUUACAACAUUAAAUAAAUUCAAUAGUCAUCUCAAAAAUUGUAAGAGUUAAUAAGAAAGAUGUUAUAAUAGAAUCCGAAGGACAGACCUAGUGCGGAAGCAUGUUUACAACAUCCAUAUUUUGAAGAGAUCUUUAAUAAAAAUGAUUUAGUGGAAAUUCAUGAAAAUUUAAUAGAAUAUGAAAUAGAACAUGAGCAUAGAUUAUAAAAGAAGGGAAGCUUUGAUAGUCAAGUGGGCUCAAUGGAACUGUAAGUUCGAACCUCAGUUUUGAAUGGAAGAACUGAUACAAUAGGAUCUUUAAGUGUUUGUUCAGGAUAAGGAUCUUCAAGUCGUUUAGAGAAACCAUAAUAACAAUAAUAACAACAGUCGAAAUUUAGUUAGUUUUGUUAAACUAUGAAAACUGUGUAAUAAGAUACGAGUGGUAAUGCUAUGGCUUCUCCAUAAAAUAAAAAAAAAGAUUAGCAAGAUUUGCACAAGUUUGCAUUAAAGAAUUCUUAUCAACAAAAGCAAAUGAGCAAGGAUGAUGACUUUGUGAAUGAAGAAUCAGCUCAAUUAGAUGCUGCAAUUUAAAAGUUGAAUAGUUAAUCUCCAAAAAUAGGAUUGUUUAAAAAGAGUGCCUCGUACAAAGUACCAAAAUCAACUUAAGAAUGA